AUGGCAGAGACGGUGUUCACCCCCUCUUUGGAAGGGAUGAAGCAUGUCAAGGCAGAGAACGGAGUCAUUCUCACCAAGCCCUUCCUUGAUGUCUGCAAGCAAAUCUUGCCUGUCCUCGAUAAAUUUGGAGCUGCUAUGGCAAUUGUAAAGAGUGAUAUCGGUGGCAAUAUCACAAGGCUGGAAAACAAGUAUUCUUCAGAACCAUCAAAGUAUGAACACUUGUACAGCAUGGUUCAGGAAGAAGUUCAAAACAAGACCGCAAAAGGUUCCUCAAGCUGCACAAAUGGGCUUCUGUGGCUCACGAGGGCCAUGGAUUUCCUUGUUGAAUUGUUUCGUAACCUGCUUGAGCAUCCAGACUGGACCAUGAGUCAAGCUUGCACUGAUUCAUACACCAAGACUCUGAAGAAAUUUCAUGGCUGGCUUGCCAGUUCUAGUUUUACGGUGGCCAUGAAGCUUGCUCCUAAUAGAGAUAAAUUUAUGGAGGUCAUUAGUGGAACUGGUGACAUCAAUGCAGAUAUUGAGAAAUUUUGCACAACCUUCUCUCCUUUCCUCAAAGAAAAUCACAACUUUCUGUUAUGGUACCCAGUAUGCAGCCGGAGCUUAUCACAGUUUGGUUUUCUGUUGCCGCAGGAUCAUCGUCACUCACUCGUAGGCUUCCCAGUUAUUAUUAUAGACUAG